UCGGGCAUCAAGUGCAGUUUGAAAAAAUCCGAAACGUGUUAGCGGGAACGAACCAAAAAAUUGCAUUCAAAACAAAACGAUUGGAACGCUCGCUGAACACAACAGAAACAAAACAAACAAAAGUAGUGAUUGCUGGCUGGAUGACUGCAAAAAAAUAAUACCUGCAGAGAAUAAAUAAAUAAAGAACACAAGAACUUUAAACGUGAAUUUCUGAAAUAUCAAAAAACAAGAAAAAAACUGAAUUGGAUAUUUUUAGCAAGAUUUAAAAGUAUAUUAAUAAAGCUUAAAAUUCAAAAGCUUUAAGUGAACGUUAAUAUUGAAAAGAGAAAAAGAAAAACAGAAAACACAAAUCAAAACAAUGCAAUUAUUUUUAUUUAUUUCUUUAACAAUUUAUCUGACAACAACAACAACAAAAUAUUUCACCCUGGCCCAACAGGAUGUUGUUGACGCCGAAUUAACAUCCACGGAUUAUGAUUACGAUUAUGGAGAUGACAUUGCCACCAAUGAAGGCAAUCGAAAUCUAAGUAGCUUGAGAAUGAAACCAAUCGAUGAUCAAUUUCUACACGAUGAAGAUAGCGAAGAUAAUUUUAUGGAAUGGAACAAGUGUGACAACUAUUUAAGUCAACCCCGCGGAGCCAAGAAAUAUUUGGAUACCUCAUUUUUGAAGAAAUUCUUCCGCAACCUGGUGCCAUAUGCCGCACCGAAGCUACAAAUGAAUUUCUAUUUAUUUAAACGUGAUUUUCCCGAUUGUGGCCGGGAAAUAAGUCUUUUCGAUGAUUCGAUCUAUACUUGUGGCCUGAAUGCUUCGCAUCCAACAAGAAUAAUUAUCCAUGGUUGGAUGAGUCAAUCUCGUGGGUCCUUCAAUUUGGAUGUGAAAAAUGCCUACUUGAAGCGCGGAGAUUAUAAUGUCAUUGUGGCCGAUUGGAGUGCCAACGCAGCCAAUAUCAACUACUUUCGAGUUGUCAAACUAAUCGAAACCUUCGGUGGUCAUCUGGCCCGAUUCACCCAGCAUCUGAACGAAAAGGGGCGAAUAAAUUACAAUGACAUGUAUUUGAUUGGACAUUCGUUGGGAGCCCAAAUUGCCGGGGCGGCUGGAAAACAAAGUUGGCCGAAUCGUUAUAACACCAUAUUCGCUUUAGAUCCGGCGGGACCAAAAUUCCGUAGACGUAGCACGGAAUUUCGCAUUGAUCCUACAGAUGCCAAAUACGUUGAGAGCAUUCAAACCAGUGGCAAUUUGGGUUUCAUGGAGCCCACAGGCAACGCCACGUUCUAUCCAAAUUAUGGCAAAUAUCAAAGGAAGUGUUUCUAUGUCGGAUGUUCUCAUAUAAGGGCUUAUCGUAUGUUUGCCGAAUCGAUAACAUCACCGGCUGGAUUUUGGGGUAUACGUUGCCGUAGCCGUGAUCCCAAAUGGGAUUGUGAUAGUAUGUCCGCGCAGGACUAUCGCAUGGGCGGUGAGCCUUCACAGCCCAAGAGUGGUAUAUUUUAUGUGAAAACUAAUUCCAGAGCACCCUAUGCAUUGGGUAAAAUAUCCAUGGAGGAUAUGAAUUCAUAGAGAGCAAUGGGGGUAUUUAUUUAUUUUUAUUUAUUCGAAAUUAUUUAGCAAAGACUGAUAUUUAAAAUUUUUUAUAAAAAUCCUAUGUUUAUAGUCUUGUGUACAUAAAUAUUUAUUAACAGUAAAAUGUAAAAAUUCAUUUUUUACAACUGGUAUAAUUU